CUCGUCGUUCAUGGGGUCUCAAUUCUCAACGCCAGUCGCGAACAAUCUACCUCCUCAUCCGUGGCAGCAAUAUACAUAUCGCAACGAAGGUGGUCAUCAUGCCGAAGACGGUGCCGGUCGACUAUUUCGAUCACAAAAUGUGGCCAGCAGGCAUGUAAUUGAUGGAUUCAUCACACACCGCAGCCAUGAACUAGAAAGGCCGAUUCCCCGAAGAUACCAAAUCGUAAAAGAUUUUCUAAGUGAGGCCGUUUCUCCUUCAAGUCGGUCAUCGUCUCAUUCUGUCGAACACGAUAUCGCCAUGUCAAGUCUUGAUCGCGAUUUUGCUCUUGUGGACGAUCGCUGCAACGCCACUGGACACUCUGAUGCAGGGAGACGGUGGGAAGGAGACAAAUACAAAGGUGAGGUUGCUAUAUCGGAGAAACGAAGCAUCCCUCAUCUCCACGAACACCUGAAAGCGAACAGACUGGCCCGUCGUGCCGAGAAAAGAUUGGUAUUCAUUCCCAACCCAACCCCCGCAGCGGCGUUGGCGUUAGUGUCUACUGUACCAAGUCGAACCGCCAUCUAUUUGAGAAGCUUUCUUUGUCGGUAUCUACGGAGAGAAAACCUUUUUGGCCUUACCACAAUGACUGGGCUAUUCAUAUUGGAAUUUCACAUUCCCUACUAUGCAAUUCGACAUGAUAAAGAUAUCAAAGAUCCCCGUCAAUUGCGCGGAAAGCAUCUGCGAGAAUCGGUCGAAUUACCUCUUCGCUCUCGCUCCCGUCAUCAGGAGCAGGUGUUCUAUCACGAGUCACAGAUUUCUGGCCUUUUCGUCGGCCCCGACGAAUGGGUAUGGACUACCUAUUUUCUCCUUGACACCUUUUUCGGAAGCGAAGACCUCAUGGAAAAGUAUCUCGCAAAUUGCCCUCUGGGCGAAGGGUUUGAUCCUCCCCUUAGCGGAGGUGUGAGGAUGGACAACCCACAUUACAAUCCCCGGGAAUACCUGCUCGCAAUUCUCGAUCGUCGCAUCUGGCAAAUAAAAGCAGAGUGGUCUCCUUUGAUCGAGACGUUCGACGAACGCAUGGAAGCAUAUGCCAUAGAACUGUCCGGAGUUUUCGAAGAUGACCCAGAGCGGACGCAUACCCGGACUCUUAACGGGGUCAUCCGAACUAUUCAGCGCUUUAUGAGUGUCUUGAACGCAACUGUAGAUUCCUGGAGAUCCUUCAAGGAGAGUCGAAUACCGUAUUUCACAAGCAAUGGAAACUUACCUACCAAAUGGCAAGGCCACUUUGAAAGGAUAGAAGUCAGCAUCAUCGAGCUUGGCAGACUUUGCAAGGGACUUUCCACUAAACUUGAUCUCUUCAGAGAGAUACAAGCGGGGCUUUCACGAGCAUCCAGCCUUAAAGAAAGUGCUGCUGCUACCCAGACAGCAAGAUCGGCGCUUGUGCAAGGCGAGAACAUAAGACUACUCACACGAAUGACCGUGUAUAUAUACCUUCCCGUAAUGUUUACAUUGGCAUUUUUCAGCAUGCCGUUUGCACGUCUCGCGCAUCCCUGGACCUGGCCGCUCUUCUUUCUCACCCUUCUAGUCGCCAUCAUGAUAAAUUAUGUCAUUGCAAGUAAUCGCUGCUGUGUGAGAAGGGCACUCCGUCAGAGACUAGGAUCGCCAAUUUUCACCUCAACUGUAUGAUUUUAAAUGACCUGUCAACAUUACCAAUGUCUCGUCAUACCAGACUUGUGACCUAGUGCAGCAUCCUGCUGCAAAUUUGGCGAUACUGCAAACUGAAGGUUUAUAUGCUUAGAUCAUGAGCGCUCGUCCUCUAUUUUGUAUUGGAAAUAUAUGGACAGGCAUGAUGUGCCGCUAGGUUACGGGGAGCGGUAUUAUUGCAUUGCAU